AUGGCUGAUCACAUGCAGAAAACAUACGGUCUUCAGUUCCACUAUACCAAGCUGUAUAGGGCACGUAGGAUUGCCCUAGAGAUUAAUGAAGGAAGCCAUUCCACAUCAUAUGCAAAACUACCUGCUUAUGGUAGGUUGGUACUCCAGAAUGAUGUUGGAAGUAUUUUUAAGCUACAGUUUGAGAACAGGAACCGUAUGUCAGAUAGUCUGAUUUUUAAAAGAUUGUUUGUCUGUUUUGAUGCUUGCAAGAAGGGUUUCUUAAGAGGAUGUAGACCGUUCAUUGGUCUUGAUGGCUGCCACCUCAAGGGCCGGUAUGGAGGGGUAUUGUUGAGUGCAAUAUCUGUUGAUGGGAACAAUGGUAUUUUUCCUAUUGCAUAUAGUGUAGUUGAAGUUGAGUGUAAGGAUAGCUGGACGUGGUUUUUGGAUAAUUUACGAGAUGCUCUACUCAAUGACAGUGAUGAUAUGUCACUCACAUUCAUGUCAGACAGACAGAAGGGGCUGUCAGUUGUGAUUUCCACAAUCUUCCCUUAUGCUCACCAAAGAAUUUGCAGUAGGCAUCUAUAUCAAAACCUGAAGGCAAAGCACCCUGGUAUGCUAUUGAGGCUACAUUUUUGGGCUGCCUCACAAGCUUCAACUGAACUUCAGUUUCAAAAGGAAAUGAAUAGCAUCAAGGAGAUUAAGGAAAAUGCAUACAUGUAUUUGAAUGAAACCCCCUCAAGGAUGUGGUCAAGGCAUGCCUUUGAUGUAGGAGCAAGAAGUGACCAUAUAACGAACAAUAUGACUGAGUCAUUUAAUCAAUGGAUUGGAGACUUAAGGAGCAAACCCAUUCUCACAUUGGUUGAUCACCUAAGGGUGAAAAUAAUGGGUAGGCUGCAUAGAAGGUAUGAGAAGGCAACCAUGUGGGAGGGUAAAGUAACACCAAGGGUUAUGGUGAAGUUGAACAAGGUUCAGCAAGAAGCAAGGCAUUGCAAGUGUCAACCGGCAGGUGAAGGUCAAUUUGAGGUCUUAGACAGAUUUGGCAACAGAUUUGUGAUUAAUUUGAACCAUUACAUAUGUGAUUGUAGAGUUUGGGAAGGCACUGGUAUACCUUGUCUCCAUACUGCAGCUUCUAUAUCAUACAUAAGGGGAGAGUUGGUCAACUAUUAUGAUCCAUUUUUCAGUAUUGGAAAAUACUUGGAUACAUAUAAAGAGAUGAUCCAUCCACUUCCAGAUUUGGCAGUAUUGAAGGAUGAUGCUCCUAAUGAGAGAGUACUAGCAUCAAGUCUGAAGAGGUUACCAGGUAGACCUCACAAAAUCAGGAAAAGAGAAGCAGGAGAAGCACUUCCUUCAGAUUUCAGGAAGAGAUCAUCAUCAAUUAGGUAUGACAUCUGCAAGAAGGAAGGACACAAUAGGAGGACAUGCCCGAGGGCUGGAGAUGCUAAGCAGGAUGGAUGUACUAGUAAAAAGAAGAAUAUAAAGGAGAAACAUAAAGGAGAGAGUGAAGAUGGAGUCAACACAUCUCAACGACUAACUAGAUCACAAGCAUCUAUGAGCAAAGAGGACAGCAAGGGAGAGGGAGAAGAAUUGAAGUACAAGCAAUCUGGAUGUUUCAAUUUAGAGCAAGAGAACAAUAUUGUAUAA